AUGGCGUGGAUCCUUGCCAUUGUCCUCCUGGGUGUUGCUGCAGAUGGCGCGGCGACCUUCACCACCAGGACAGAGCUCAAAGCUGCCGUGAACGAUUGGUCCGCAGCCAACGAAACCGAACGGCAGCACUUGCGAAUCCGCUGGGGCGACAUCUCCACGUGGAACGUCUCUCUGGUGACCAACUUCAGUGGGCUCUUCCAAGGCCUCGACGGCUUCAACGAGGCGGUCGGCGCCUGGGAGACCUCCGCGGUGCUGGACAUGAGCCACGCCUUCCAUGGAGCUAAGUCCUUCAACCAACCGCUGAUGUGGAACACCUCCAACGUGCGGUAUAUGCACUACAUGUUCGCCAAUGCUUCUGCAUUCAACCAGGCCGUGGGCUCCUCGGACACCUCGAAGGUGACCACGAUGGAGAGCAUGUUCGACGGAGCCAGGAGCUUCAACCAGUCCCUGGACAAGUGGAACACUUCCUCCGUUGUGAACAUGAGGUACAUGUUCCACAAUGCGGUUGCAUUCAACCAGGCCGUGGGCUCCUGGGACACCUCCAACGUGCAGAACGUGAAAGGCAUGUUUGCUGGUGCUUCUGCAUUCAACCAGGCGCUGGGUGAGUGGAAUACCUCCGCUGUGACCACCAUGGCUGGCAUGUUCGCACGUGCAGCCAGCUUUAACCAGUCCCUGGACAAGUGGAACACUUCCUGCGUGGUGGAUAUGAGCUACACGUUCCGACAUGCCGUUGUAUUCAACCAGGCCGUGGGCUCCUGGGACACCUCGCAGGUGACCACUGUGAGGAGCAUGUUUUACGGAGCCGGGAGCUUCAACCAGUCCCUGGACAAGUGGAACACGCCCUCCGUUGUGGAUAUGAGCUUUGCGUUCUACGAUGCCGUUGCCUUCAACCAGGCCGUGGGCUCCUGGGACACCUCGCAGGUGAUCACGAUGCGGAGCAUGUUUUCCUUAGCCAGGAGCUUCAACCAUGCCCUGGAAGACUGGAACGUUUCAUCGGUUGUGACUAUGCGUGGCAUGUUUGAGGAUGCUGAUAACUUCAACCACCCACUGGGAACCUGGCAUACUUCAGCCGUGGCGGACAUGAGCAUCAUGUUCGCCCGGACGGAUAGGUUCAACCAGCCCCUGAAUGGAUGGGACACGAGUUCUGUGAAGAACAUGAGCUGCAUGUUCAUUCAUGCGACAGGUUUCGACCAGCCGCUGGGGCGUUGGAAUGUCUCGGCUGUGGUGGAUAUGAGUCAAAUGUUCUCCGGUGCGACUGCUUUUGAUCAGCCUCUUGGCACUUGGGACUUUGCGUCGGUGAAUGCCAGCAUGAUGGAGGGCAUGCUGACAGCCAACCACAUGUCUCGGUGCAAUCUACGAUCCUUGUCCCAAGCAAGAAGGUUGCCAGGGAGGUUGAAACGCUACUGGGGCUUUUCCACCUGUUCCAGUUGUGAAGCUCGCCGAUGCCCUGAUUCCAAGCAAGCUUGUGUGGAUGGAGAGUGCCACCCAGUGAACUCGAACUUCAUCGAGGUUGGCCAAGGUCAAUGGGGCCAAAACCAAUGGACACCACAGCAGCUGCAGAAGGUGGAUUUGGUUGAUGUGGCUCCGACGUACCGUGGCUGCGCCGAAGUCUGUGAAGGGUUUGUGAACUGCUCGGCCUUUGUCUUGGAGAAGGGGCGAUGCGCCCUGUACAUCGGGAAAGGGCUGCCAGAGAAGCGUGGGGAAGGCACGGCCCGAGCCUUCCUGAAGCCUCGCUGCGAAUUCUUCACCUGCCCAGCUGAGGGCGUCCUGACGGGCGUUGAGGGCCCAGCUGUCACAGCGGCGUCCUGCUGCCGCUGCCGAGAUGCCACUCGAGUGAAGGAUCUGAGUGCAGCGCCAGCCAACCUCCACUGCAUCUCAUGCCCCGCAGGGUGGGAACCAAUGACUUGGAGCUCAUGUAGGCCUUGUCAGCCCGGUUUCAUCGCGAGAGGCUCGAAAUGUGUUCGCUGCGGCGAAGGUUUGGAACCCAACGCAGCCCAAAGUGAUUGCAGGGACUGCCCACCAGGGCACUUUGCGACGGCAGACAUGGAUGCAUGCAAACCAUGUGAAUUCCCCAGAAUGCUUUUUGGCGACAAGUGUGCCCCGUGGCCCUUGGUGGUCAUUUUGCUCUUCUUGUUGGUUUGCGCAGGCGUCAUGUUCUUUGUGUCCAGGGCAGUCCUGAAAGCUGGGCGAAAGAGGACCCUUGCACGAGUACAGCAAGCGCAGAAGCUGGUGCAAAUGCUAGAUUCCGACCUGUGGCAAGCGGAGGAGACGACCACGGUGGAGACCUAUGCAGCACAACUGCAAGAGCUUGGCUGGACGCGUGGGGAGGUAGUUCAGAAGGCUGGCGAGAUCCGAGCCCAGCACAGUAGGAUUGCAGGAGUCAGCAUGCGAUACUUGCUUUCGGAUUUCACUGACUUGGCAGAGCAGAGGGCACAGAAGCCAAAUCCCGACUUUCAUGAGCUGAAGGUGGCAUUUUGGUUCGGUGCUGAUCCCUUGGGAGAGCAGGUCCCCUGCCCACGUGAUGGGGAACCAGGCUGUGCCUUAGUAGACUUACUGCCCAAAGCCGAUCGAAAGCCUCAGACGCAUUUCAUGUCCUGGACCUGGAGGUACACUUUGAAGCAGAUCCAAAGUGCUUUGGCGAUUUGGAGCAGCUCCACAAGGAUUGAGGCCGAAAGGGUCUUUUUCUUCAUGUGCUUCUUUGUGAACAACCAGUUCCGGAUCAUGAAAGACCAGUCAGUUCGCUCGGGAAGUGAUGACUUGGACCACGUCUUCGAAUCCAACCUGCGGCGGAUUGGACAAGUGGUGGCCAUUCUCGAUGCCUGGCACGAGCCGAUCUACUUGCAAAGAGUCUGGACCGUCUACGAGCAGUACGUGGCCUGCUCGCUGGAGGUGCCCGUGACCUUCGUCAUGCCUGCAGAGGCGCAAUGGUCCUUGACCGCCGAGAUCAACCGAGGCGAGCCGGGCAUCAACGAGGUCACGGCGUCGCUCUGCCAGGUCGACUCGGCGAAUGCGGAAGCCUUCGAUCCAAGAGAUGAGUUCAAAGUGAAGAAGGUCAUCCAGGAGACCGUCGGCUUUGAAGAGGUGAACGAGCACGUGCGCCAGGCCCUGGUGCAGUGGAUCAGCGGAGUCGUCCGGCUGCAGUUCCAGGAGCUGCUGAAGCGCCAGGCGCGGCCGAAACGCGCCGAGCCCGAGCCCGAGCCCGCCGAGCCGGUGGCGGGGUCGGCUCCAGCGUUAGCGGGUGGCGGCCACGAGGUGGGCCGGCAGAUCAUCCCCAUUUAA